CAAACUUCAACGAAUUUGCUUUAUCCAAUUUUUGAAAUUACUGCCAAUUAUCAAUCCAUGUAUUUUUUUUUUACAAUGAUUUAACACAGCUACCAUAGAUUUCGUUAUUUUUGAAAGCGAUUCAAUCAGCAGCGGAACCGGUGAACCACAUUCAACUAACCUUCAAUCUUCUAAGGUGGAAAUUUUCAAUAAUGAGAGUGUAUUCGCUAUGAAAUUCACUUUCCCAGAAAAUGUUGACAAUGAACAUACCUGCGGAAGGUCAAGUUACAGAUUGGAACUCACGAAUUCUCAGUUCUUUCAGAUGCCUAGUUCAUUCGCAAGAUAAGGCAAUAACCAAAUAUUUUUUGCCAUACAAUGAAAUAUAUAUUCCUGCAACUUGGAUUACAAAUGGUACAUUGGUUGAGUUUGAACCAUUGACAGACUAUUGUUCCAGACAAAACUCAUCUCGUUUAUGUCAAAGUGUAUCAACAACCAAUAUGCAAUGCUAUUGGUGUAGAACAGCCAAUAUAUGCAGUAAUAAACAUGAUAUGUAUACUGCAUUUUGGCAUGAAAAGAAUUGUCAUAUUCAUCCAAAUGAUCAAUUUGAGGAAAUUACCGAAUUAUCUAAUCAGAAAGAAAUCAGUGAAAAUACAACUAAGGCUAUAACUGAACAAAAUCACUCUGGUGAAUCUGUUCAAAACGAUUACAAUGUAACAACUGUAGAAUCGAUCGUUAAUAACGAAAUCCCUAAAAAUAAAACUGAGGUCAGUAUCGACCAAGAUCAUUCUAGCGAAUCUGUUCAAAAAGAUCAGUAUGUGAAAACUGUAGAAUCGAUCGUUAAGAAUGAAAUCCCUAAAAAUAAAACUGAGGUCAAAAUCAAACAAAAUCACUCUGAUGAAUCUGUUCAAAACAAUCAGAAUGUGGAAACUUCUCAAUUAUUCUCUGCAAAUACAGUUGACAUUAAUAAUGAACAAUAUCAACGAAACAUAUAUAUUAUAGUACCGACAAUGUUUUCCCUUUCUGUUUUAUGCAUCUUCUGUAUUGUUGGCAUAUUGAUAUACAAUAGAAAGUUAAAUAAACAAAACAAAUAAUGUUCCAGGACUGUUUUCAAAGUGACUUUCAAGUAUAUGGUUGUUCAGCAAGAUUCAGCAAGAAUCAAUCAAAUACGUUCAAAUAAAUUCUAACACGCUGUUUUUUUUUCAUUCAAUGUUCAUUGUUG